CAAAAUGGGAUCUUAGAACACAACCAAAAUUUUGAUAAAGUCGAGAACCACAGAAGUGUAAAGGUUGAAAGGCAAAACAGCUUGUUUCCUUCUACACUCCACCUUUAAAAAAGCUUUAAUUAUUUCUUGAAACUCGAAAUCUUCCAUGGGGAUCGGUGGGUUUGUUUAGUUGUAAACGUGCUGGUUGCCCAAAACGGCAGCAAAACCCAACUGAAGAAGCCGAGGGGAGAGCUUCCAUUGAGAGUGGACUUUGCAGCAACAAUUUUGGGGUCAAAAGGUUCAAACUUUGAGGAUUUAAGAACAUUCAGCUGCAGUUUGAUGAAUUUGGGAGCAAUAUCUUUGAGCAAAUGUUUUGAUCUGGAUUUGAAGAAGAAGAAGAAGAAGAAGAAGAUGCUGAUGGAGGAGAGGAAGUCGUCCUCUGUUUCAGAUGUUGGAGCUUGGGGUAUGAACAUAAUCAGCUCAGUGGGCAUCAUCAUGGCCAACAAGCAGCUCAUGUCCCAAACUGGCUUUGCCUUUUCCUUUGCUACAACCUUAACUGGAUUUCACUUUUCUGCAACUGCAAUGGUUGGCUGGAUUUCAAAUGCCACUGGCUAUUCUGAAUCCAAAUCUGUUCCCAUCUGGGAGCUUCUUUGGUUCUCGAUUAUCGCUAACACGUCGAUAGCAGCCAUGAACUUCAGCCUCAUGUUAAACUCCGUUGGAUUCUAUCAGAUAUCAAAGCUAAGCAUGAUACCAGUGGUUUGUGUAAUGGAAUGGAUUCUUCAUGGAAAACAAUACUCAAGGGAAGUGAAGAUGGCCGUAGCCGUGGUCGUUGUCGGUGUCGGGGUCUGUACAGUGACUGAUGUGAAGGUUAAUGCCAAAGGGUUCCUUUGUGCCUUGGUAGCAGUCUUGUGCACAUCACUGCAACAAAUUUCUAUAGGUUCAUUACAAAAGAAGUACUCAAUAGGAUCCUUUGAAUUACUCAGCAAGACAGCUCCCAUACAAGCACUUUCUCUUCUAACAGUUGGCCCAUUUAUUGACUACUGCCUCACAAGCAAAUCUAUACUGAAUUACAGCUACACUUUCAACGCGUUUAGUUUCAUAGUACUGUCAUGCUCCCUUGCUGUGUUCUGCAACAUCAGUCAAUAUCUGUGCAUUGGGCGCUUCUCGGCCGUGUCGUUCCAGGUGUUAGGUCAUAUGAAGACGGUAUGCGUGUUGACAUUGGGGUGGCUGCUCUUUGAUUCAGAGAUGACAUUGAAGAACAUAUCAGGAAUGGUUCUUGCUGUUGUUGGGAUGGUGAUUUAUAACUGGGCAGUUGAGAUUGAGAAGCAAGGCAAUGCAAUGGCUGUCCCUCAAACAAAGAGCCCACUUUCAGAUGAGGAGUUGAUGCUGUUGAAGGAGGGAAUUCAGGAGAGUGGCUUGAGAGAUGAAGAGCUUGGUCAUGUUCAAAAAUAAUAAAAUCUGUGUUUUUCUUCCUUUUUGCACACCAAAUUUCUCCACCAAUGUGGAUUUUAAGUCUCCUAAGGUUGACUAUUUAUAUAUUCAAAGAUUGUAACAUUCGUAUCCGAAUAAAAGAAAGUAUUUGAAAUUGUUGUG